AUGGCGCGCCGGACCAACCACACCUCCAUGAACGCCACGGCAGCGGCGGCGUCAGCGACGACAAUGAUCGCCUCCUCGCCGUCUCCCCCGCGGCCGCCGCCUGCGCCUCCCGCUGGAGCCGGCGCGGGAGCGUGGGGCCCCUACGCCAGCUCCCGCGCCUUCUUCUCUAACGUGGCCACCAUCCUCAUCAUCCUGGCCUGCGUCUCCCUGCUCGCCUUCUCCCUCCACGCCGCCGCGCGCUUCCUCCUCCGCUGCCUCGCGCGCCGCCGCGCCGCGCGGGAGCAGCAGGAGGAGGAGGAGGAGGCACAGGCGCAUGCGCAGGAGCCCAAGCUCCCCUCCGGCGCCGCCGCCAGCGCCCGCGUGUGGGCGGAGGCGGAGUGCGCCAUCUGCCUGUCCGAGCUGGAAGGCGGCGAGCGCGUCCGCGUGCUCCCGGCGUGCGGCCACGGGUUCCACGGCGCCUGCGUGGACGGGUGGCUUGCGGCGCGCGCGUCCUGCCCCACCUGCCGCGCGCCGUCCCGGCCGUCGCGGGCGGGAGAGCCAUAG